CCUUUGUUCUUUUUAUUUUUUAUUUCAUGGUUUUCUCACCUCCAAAACGCAGCCAGUCAUUGGCAUACCGUCGAUCCAGAUCUCGCACCACUGACACAACCGAAAAGACUCCUUCUCUCCCUCUUAGCCCAGGAGAUAACCAACAGCUUCAGUCAGCCUCUUUAGAAAUCCUACGAAUCGAGGCAGGCUCACGAUCGACGCCAGAUCUUACCAGUCCAGACACAGAUAGAGAUACUAGUUCAAAGAAAAAUGAUGUUUGGGAUCCUUCAUUACAGCGAAAACAUACUCAAAAGUCAACUUUGAAUGCUCGAGAUCGUAACCCGAUAAAGCGUACCAACACGACGCAUCCUCUUCCACGCGUUGUCACACAAAUCCACCCGCCCACUCGCUCUUCUAGUCUGAGGGCAGGUCUCCACACUCCUCUCACCGCACCAGCAAUCGCCCAUAUGCCAAAAUUCACAGACGAUUAUCAUUCACAGCCUUUAUCACCAGUAGAAAUCAUCCCAAGUCCAGUCUCAAUAUCUUCUCCCUCUGGCUUCCAACCCCAUUCCGUUAUCCGCCCGCUCAAAGCAUCUAAAUCAGAGUCAAGUGCCUGCACAGAAGAUUAUGAGACGGCCGAUGAAUUUCGAAACAAAUCUUUUGAGAUCCCCGAAACUACUGCUUUUGUAGAUGAUUGCCAUAAUAUUUCCUCUGACCCGCCAUUAUCCGAACCAAAUCUUGGGUUUCCGCAACCAACCUUGUCAUCGUCCUUGUCUCCAUCACCCUCAUCAUAUUCCCCCACUCAGUCAACCUCGAUAUCUAAGAGCCCAGAGGCACAGAAAAAAUUCGAGGACGAUGUCCAUGAAUCGCUCCUGGAAUGGAAAUUGUGGUAUACACACCACAAUUGAGUGAGAUCCAAACUUCACAACUAGACUCUGGUUUCCUUCUUGCUAAUAAAUCUAGCUAGCUAACAAUCUCCGUUGUUACACACCAGGCACAUGUAUACUUCACAUUUAUAUAGUUUAAACUAACCAUUACAAAACAGGGAUUUGAGUAGUAAUGUAUAUAUAUAUAUAUACUUAUAUUUAUAUAUAGACAUCAAAAUCUCAUUCUCUUUAAUAAAUAACACUCACAGUAUUUGCUUUCCCAUUU